AUGGUACGUGCACCUUCUAUCCGCGGUCGACCGACGCCACAAAAGAAGCACAAGAGCACUCUAACAUCCAGUCCAAGUGGUGAGAAGGGUUCAUCUUCCAUCUUACCACAACGUACGACCGCCAUCACAAAAUCUCUCAAACGAGCAGAAAAGCGAGCUCAACUUUUAUCGCGUACAACACAGGCAGCAAACACGGGAAUUCGUGCAGAUGGAGAACCAUUGUCCAAAAGCGCAUUGAGAAGAAGAAAGAGAAAAUCAAGGGAUGAAUUGGCAAAAGAUGAUCAGGAAGGAAGACAAGGAGGGAUAAGUGAUUUGAAAGAUGCGAUGGACGAACUUGAUGAGGAAUUACAGCUGGAAGAUGAGGAGGACGAGGAUGUUGAGGGUGGGGAAUACAGUGUCGGGCCAUUGGCUGCAAAUGUUGUAAAAGGUGGUCGUGUAACAACAAAUCAUAGAAAGAAGGUCUUACAACAAGAGCAAGCUCGUCAAAAGGCAAUUCUAUCCAAUCCCACUUUUCAGAAAUCACCAUUCGCAGCUCUGCGUGAGCAUGCACGCAAUUCGAUGGUGCAGCCGCCAGCACGUUCAAGAUAA